AUGAACCCACAAGAGCCCAACACGGAUCCGGAAGAUCUAGAGGAUCCAGAAGAGCUGGAGGCACCGGAAGACCUGGAGGAUCCGGAAGAUUCAGAGGAUCCGGAAGACCCGGAGGAUCCGGAAGACCCGGAGGAUCCGGAAGAACCGGAGGAUCCGGAAGAUCCAGAGGAUCCGGACGACUCGGAGGAUCCAGAAGACCCGGAGGAUCCAGAAGACCCGGAGGAUCCAGAAGACCCGGAGGAUCCGGAAGACCCGGAGGAUCCGGAAGACCCGGAGGAUCCAGAAGACCCGGAGGAUCCAGAAGAUCCGGAGGAUCCGGAAGAUCCGGAAGAUCUGGAGGAUCCGGAAGAUCAGGAGGAUCCGGAAGAUCAGGAGGAUCCGGAGGAUCCGGAAGAUAUAGAGGAUCCGGAGCAAGUAGAGAGCAAUGAACCAAGCUCAAGCUCCCAGGAGUGGAAGAAAAGAAAGGCUGCCAGUCACCCUCGGGCCACGGAUGAAGAGUUGCAGAAGGUCCUCACUACAGUGAGGUCUGUCCUUCGGAAUAGUCCAAGAAGACCGACGGGAUCAAAAAAGCCAACAAUAUUAGUCUUCUGGUAUCGGAAGAAGAAGAAGACGCAACAAAAUCAACAGGAGGAAGAGAGCCCAGAGGAGCCGAGCACUUCAGACGCUGAUACUAAAGCGAAGGCUCCGGAGUAG